AUGGAAAACUACCAAGCUACUAUAGAUCAAAUUAUUUCAUUUUUAACACAAUACAGAUUUCUCAUUGAUUCUCAACUCACAGCUACUUUUAUUCCAGACUACUUUUCUGAAAUUCCUGAAGAAUGAAUUAACUAUCUCCUUUCGUUUGACUAUCAUCAAUUAAUUCAAUUACCAAAAAUCCUGGAUCAAGUAAAUGAUAUUUAGAUAACUCUCCCAUCCCUUCACCGAUUUAUUAGUGACAUUAUAUCACUCAGUCCUAACUAUCCUCAUUACAGCGACCAAUUCGAGACUUCGAAGUUUGAGUGCUAUUUUAUGAACCCUAAAAAGGUCCACGAAUGCAAAAAAUUAGCAAGAUUUAUCUUUGAAAAGUCUAUUAAUUUAGGCUUAGAUAGAAUUAUUGAUAUAGGGGCUGGGCAAGGAUAUCUUUCUCAUCUGUUAGUAACCAAAGGAAAUUUAAAAGUGACAGCAAUUGAAGCAAAAGAUCAUAAUAGUCAUCAAUCAGAGAAAAGAGGAAAGUUCAUCAGAAGAAAAAUGAAAAAAGAAGAAGCUGAUUAUAACACAAUUUCGUUAUUUGUAACACCAGAUAACCUUAUCAAUUAUACACAAGAUCCUUGCAUUUUGACAGGACUUCAUACAUGUGGAGAUCUAUCAGCAACCUGUAUAAAAGCUUUUUUAAGCGAUACAAAUAUAAAAGGAAUGAUAAAUGUAGGGUGCUGCUAUGAACAUAUAACAGAAUAUAUAAAUCCUUGUGCACAAGAACUUGUUGAAAAAUAUCUUGAACAUAUAGGAAAAUCUUAUACUGGGAGAAAUUUAGAUGAAAGCUUAAAUAAAAGCGAUGAAAAAGCUGGGUUUCCUUUGAGUAAUUAUAUUAAAAUUACUUAUCCUUGCUUCUUUCUUGGAAGAAUUGCAAAAAAACUAGCCAUGAGCGAAGUUUCUUUAAUUGAAAACCCUGAGAAAACAUUUAAACUUAACUUAACUUAAUUAUCUGGUGUUUAAGGUGUCUAGUGCCCGCAGCCCAAAAAGGGCCUAUGGCAAAACUAGUGACGUAGGCGAGCCAUCUUGGAACAGGUCAGCCCUGGUCAAGCCUUCUAUCAACUCCUGCUUCACCAGUGUUGCUGCACGUCUCACCCGGCGCGAUGCCGUCGCCCUUGUCUCUCGACUCAGCUCCUGCGCGUGUUCCGCCUAAGGGUCAUCCUCCCGUGGGGAUGUGCUGAGAGGUAAAAGCCCGAAAUCUUGAGAGGACUGAGGAGCGGUUCCUCUGGUUAUCCCCAGAGUUAAACCGUUAUUGCUGUCCAGAAGUUCUCGAGUGAAAACCUAACCCUAUAAAUAAAAAUUCCAUGAGGGAGAGAAAAUUAGCAAAGCUAAUUUCUCUCGAACCGAAUGCCAUUUUAUUUAUGAGAAAACAUUUAAACAGUUGGAUUUUAGAGCAGCAUUUCAAGUUUUAUUAGGAGAGGCUUACCCAGAAAAAUCAAAUGUAUUUUGUAUAGGGCAAGGGGUAAAGAAAUAUACAGAUUUCAGAGACUUUGUUAGCAAGUCAUUUUUAAAGAUUGGAUUAGAGAAUCCAUAUAGGGAUGAUAAUUUAAAUGAGAUGUAUGAAAUAAGAUUUAGAGAUCAGGAAAAGAAAGCUGCUAUUAUAUGGUCACUGAGGAGUUUAAUGGGCGGUUUGAUUGAAAAUCUAAUUUUACUUGACAGAGCAAAAUAUUUAAGUGAAAAUUCUGUAAAUACAGAAAUCUUUUCAAUAUUUGACAAAACACUUUCUCCAAGAAACCUUGCAUUAUAUUCCUGGAAGAAUUAA